AUGUCGGGAGAAAAACGCCCUGCCCAGGCGGCCUUCGGGUCUGCCAACCAGCUCGUGGUCAAGCGAAAUAAAGCCGACGCCGACCUCAACCCCGGCACUGCAGUGGUCAAGGGCUCGUCGGCACAGAAUGGAGCUCUGAUCCAAUCUAUUCCUCGCACCAGUGGACUCGAUGCGCCUAUCAUGGAGCUUACAGGUCACUCUGGGGAAGUUUUCACAGUGCGAUUUGACCCAACCGCACAGCAUAUCGCAUCCGGCUCGAUGGAUCGAUCCAUCUUGCUCUGGAAUACAUACGGACAAUGCGAAAACUACGGUCAAUUGAUGGGCCACAAAGGAGCAGUUCUGGACCUACAAUGGGCACGCGAUUCUCGGGCAUUGUUUUCGGCAUCAGCAGACACAACACUCGGAAGCUGGGAUGUAGAAACUGGCGAGCGUGUGCGCCGUCACGUCGGUCAUGAAGAGAUUAUCAAUUGCCUUGAUAUUAGCAAGCGGGGGCAAGAAUUGUUAAUCAGUGGUAGUGAUGAUGGAUGCAUUGGUAUCUGGGAUCCGCGACAGAAGGACGCUCUGGAUUACCUCGAGACGGAACUCCCCAUCACGGCGGUGGCUCUGUCUGAGCAAGGGAAUGAGAUCUACAGUGGUGGCAUUGACAACACAAUCCAUGUCUGGGAUCUGCGCAAGAAGGCCGUGGUCUACUCGAUGGCCGGACACACCGACACCAUUACCUCGCUACAAGUCUCACCCGAUUCGCAGACCCUCCUAUCCAACUCGCACGAUUCGACUGUCCGGACAUGGGAUAUUCGGCCCUUCGCUCCGACCAACCGGCAGGUCAGAACUUUCGACGGCGCCCCCGUGGGUCUGGAGAAGAACCUCAUCCGCGCCAGCUGGGACCCCAAGGGUGAGAAGAUUGCCGCCGGGAGCGGUGACCAGAGUGUGGUGGUGUGGGAGGCCAAGACCGGCAAGCUUCUGUACAAACUGCCCGGCCACAAGGGAACGGUCAACGACGUACGAUUCUCGCCCAACGAUGAGCCAAUCAUUGUUUCUUGCUCGUCCGAUCGAAACUUGAUGCUCGGAGAACUUGGCAAAUGA